AUGUCUUCAUGGCGUAAAUGGCAUGUAGCUGCUGUUGCUGAGUGUAGAUCAGCGAUGUGUCCUUGUCUUAUUCGCUUUGCCAUUGGCUGGCCUGCGAAAGGGAAACACACAGAAAGAUCUCCUGCAAAAGAUUUUCCUUCUUUUUGGGCCAACGUGAGAUGUUUCAAUGACCGCGAGCGGGAUUUCUUUGUUCAGUGCGUGGAACACAUUCGCUACGGCAUUGGUAUGAGUCUCACACCGCCUAUAGUGCGUUCAAUGGAACGUUUGCUGGAAAAUAACUUCAAAUGUGUGGAGUCUGCGGAGAUAUCGGAAGAUGAUACGACCACGUUGUGUGAUGUUGUGCUGAUGCCUGAUGGAAGGCCAUGUAUGGGUUGGUUUUUAGACAAAUUUGAGUCUCAACACUAUGAUUCUGUUAUUGCUGCACUUGAGGAACGAUGGAGUGUUUCAUCCGGUUCUUUAUGGUUAUUGAAGGAACGUAACAUCACGGACCAGCUAAACACAAUGACCUUCAACAAUAGACAAGAGAGUCUUUUUAGUGAAUCAAAAGAAUGGACUACUGAACGUAUAAGAAAUUUAGUCUCGAAGCAUGCACGAUGUGCUGACACCACUGCAUCUUCUUUUGAACGGAGUAUUACUGGGAUAAAUCGUUUAUCUAUUUCUCUUUUAUGUGAUUCUACAGAAGCAAAAUAUAAAUCUCUUCUUGUAGCUUUGGGUAAUUAUGUAACUUCCAUAGAAAAAGAUUCUAAUGGAUGUGGAACAUGGUAUCCUAUUUUGUGUCGUUCAUUUGCUUCUUUGUUAUCUUCAAAAUUUUCCAUACAAAAUGCAUAUGCUAUGCGUCUUCUUGAACUUGGUGAAGCUUUAUCUUCUUUGAAGUUGAAUGCGGAUGAUAAUAAAAGUGAUAAUGAUGAUAAUAAUGAUGAUGAUAUGAAGGGUGAAGUCACUCAAGUUUAUAAAAGGCUAGUGCAGGAUUCUUUGGAUAUCGCUAACGGCAAAGAUCCAGUAGAACCCAUGCACUCUUUCUGCUCUGCGCUACCAAACGCUGUUAACCAUCUUCUAAAUGGACUAAAUGACGUGGAUAAUACUUUUCUUUGGUUUCCAAGAGUUGUAGAGCUCUCUAUGGUGGCAUCUACUCCGAAAGAUAGGGAUGAUGCUAUCUACGCGGCAAUAUCUGCUGUUCCUUUUCUUUAUCGUUAUAUUGGAGCCUACGAAGUUUCACUUUUACAACAACAUCUUUCUUUUGAAAGAUCUCAAGUAUGUGAAGGAGAGGUUUCUCGAGGGUGCAUAGGUCUGACGGACAACAUGGUGUUAAACCAUGUGCUUAGCCAUAAUUCUAUUGAAACUUUGCGUGAUUCUGUAUAUAAUACCGAUGAGAUGCCUAAUCUUGUUAGUGGAAUGGAGGCUUGGAUGCCAGGGGUAGGAUUAGAUUCCUCCUUUUAUAUUUCUAACCUUAUAACUGCAUGUGAUGCACUUGCAGGUAUGCUGGGGGUACCAGAUUCUUUGCAAGAUGUACAACAUGAUUCACAGAAAGCUAUUUAUAAUCUUCAACAUAAACUUAGAAUGUUUGCUCUGAGACGAUUUGGAUUUGUAUUUGCUUCCAAAAUGUGGGGAUCUUCUUUUUGCGAUAGAGCACUUCCUUUUCUUAACACUCUCCGAGUUUCUUUAAUUCCUACACCACGGUUUACUAUUUUUCGAUUCAGAAAUAUUGAACAAAUGCCAAAACCGUUUGAUGCCGUUGGAAAUCCGUCAUCUGUACUCCGCUCUUUUGCUCCAUCGUAUCUCUGUUAUCCUGGAUCUUCACCUUCUUUCUUUACAGAGUGUGGAGCUCUGCAAGAGUUGGAGACGUUGGCCAGUCAAACAGGUAAUAAAAAACGUCUGCGGUGCCACUUCACGCCGAGAAGCCGAGGGAUCAGUGUAUCUUUGGACUUCAUUGCAAGUGACACUUUAUUCUCUUCAAUGGCAGUAGUAGCAAUGAACAGUGUUAAGAUGGAACCCAAAACGUGUUUUGUGGAUAUGGCUGCGCAAAUUGAGGGUGUCCAAAUUGUUUCACUUCUUUCAUUACCAGAUGCUCGUAUGCGACGUAAAGGGGGAAAUAACAUAUCUGGGGAAGGAGAAAUGAAAAGAAGUCUUUUCAAUGAUGUGCAAGAAAUAAGAUCGGAAGUGUAA